AUGGAUGAAUUUUUUCGCCAAGCGUCCCGCACCUUUUUCUUUGAACCAAGUAACGGAGGCUACCCUGCCAACCUAAAUAUUUGUCCUUCGACGAGUGGCUUACCCGACCCAGAGCCAUGCGACACUACGACUGGCUCUUCGGAAGCGCCUUCCACUCAAACGAAAUUGCCUGCCUUCACCGAGUAUACCCUUGUCAUUGACAGAAAAGCAGCAAAUCGGAUGCGCCAUCUGAUACCACUUCAGCCAUUAUGUGUAGGACCAAACGGCCGGAAACCAGAGUGUGAUAUUUGUCUGUCAGAGUAUGAGUCGGGGCACAAGCUGCGCCAUCUUCCCUGUGGUCAUGGUUUUCACCAAAAGUGCAUCGACACCUGGCUCAGUUCGGCUGACACGUGUCCCAAGUGCCGCAAGAACGUAGUCGGCACCCUAAGAAGACUGGAGUCAGCAGAGACGCGUCUGCGAUCCCAGUCCAAGGGAAGGCCUCUUCCUGCGUCCAUGCGACAGCCGCCUGCUUCUCGCGCCACCUCGGCAGCUGGCAACACCGGUGAUUCUCUGGCCGAACAGCGUCGAACGACUUCGCAGACCUCCACAUCGACGCCUUCGACGUCAGCAGCCGUCAAGCCCACCACCCUGAGAGGGAGCAAGGCGCAGUCGAUGCCGCCCCUACCGAAGCCCCAGGCGGCCCACACCAGCUCCACGCCGCCUCUCAACACCACAAGCAGCCAGGUGGCGGACUGUAGCGAGACCCAAGUCGAACUGGCCUCCGAAUCCGUGGACAUAAGCCUUCCUAUCGUCCCGGUGCCACCGAGGCCUCCACGAAGAGUGCUUCACGUUGCCGACAGGAUCGCAGGAGGCCCGGAGGAAAGCCGUGGAGGCUGCGCUGAGGCGCUACCGGUGCACGCAGCACCCCGAGGAGAGCCUGUCCGAGCCACUGUGAGGGUGCACGCGCACGCGCACCCCUCUCCGCCUCACCCCCUCCGUCUCGUCGUCGUCCCCCCUCCCCCAAUACAUUACUCUCUACUGAUCAACCCAGCAACUGACACCUCUGCUGUUGUGUAGCUUGUCGAUUGUUGGUGCCUUCGGAAGGGUCCUCGGUGCGCCUCCACGCCCACCGAAAAUGCCGAACAGGCAAACCUCUGUACUGAUUGGGAACAUGACCGAGUGCUUUGGGGUCGUCGCCCAAACCCGGGUCUCGAUUGCGGAGCGCUUAGCUCCAAGUCGUUGCGCCACAUCCCACCCCCAUAG